CGGGCGGGCUUCCUGCGGGCGCCUUUGCGCUGACCCCCGGCAUGGCGGUGAUGGGGGUGCAGGUGGUGGUGACCCUGCUGGCCGCCAGCCUGAUGCACAGGAUGGCCCCGCACUGCUCCUUCGCCCGCUGGCUGCUCUGCAACGGCAGCCUGUACAGGUACAAGCACCCCUCGGACGAGGAGCUCUGCGCCCUGGCCGGGAAGCAGCGCCCCAAGAGCAGGAGGGACAGGAGGGCCAGCGGGGUGGCAGAGGACAAACCCCUGUCCGUGCCCCGCGACAUCGAGCUGCAGCUGGACACCAGCCCCAUCACGGCCGUGGACGCGCUGGUGCUGCGCUAUUUCCCGGAGUACCAGUGGUUCGUGGAUUUCUCCGUCUACGCCGGCGCCGUGUACGUGUUCAGCGAGGGCUACUUCAGCCUGGCCAGCGCCGGCAGGGAGACCAACCUGGGCGUGCUCUGGAGCCUGCUCACCGUGCUCUUCUCCGUCAAGGUUUUCUUCACGGUGAUGCGUCACUAUUUCCGCUCGGAGGAGGGCGGGGAGCGCUCCGUGUGCCUCAGCGCCGCCUUCUUCUUCCUCCUGCUCGCCAUGCUGGCCCUGGUGGUGCGCGAGGAGUACCUGGAGUUCGGCCUCGAGGCCGGUGGGUGA